GCAACCCUGUUAUGUCAUAACUGUCAAAAAUCAUGACAAACCUUCGGACGAACUAAAUACAAGGGAAUUUAUAGAACAAAAAAUAAGGUGUUUUUCUCCAGUAGGAUAUCUAUUGAGUGUAUUGCGAGGAAGAUACACACCAUCGUAAAACAUUUUCAUACCCGCCUUUUUAUCUUGGUCAGGCAGUAGCAAUGGCAUUCAACUUCACGGCUUUCACAUAUAUAAUUGCUUUAAUAGGAGAUGCAUUUUUGAUAUUCUUCGCUAUAUUUCAUGUUAUCGCUUUCGACGAAUUGAAAACUGAUUAUAAAAAUCCAAUAGACCAAUGCAAUAGCCUGAAUCCGUUGGUGUUACCGGAAUAUAUACUUCACAUAUUCCUUAAUUUAUUAUUUUUGGUUUGUGGCGAAUGGUUUUCAUUGUGCAUCAAUAUACCAUUGAUUGCAUAUCAUAUAUGGCGCUACAAAAAUCGUCCCGUGAUGUCUGGGCCUGGCCUGUAUGAUCCCACAACAGUUUUAUCUUCAGAUAACUUGACCAAAAAUAUGCGUGAGGGUUGGAUCAAAUUAGCUAUAUAUUUAAUUUCAUUCUUCUACUACAUCUAUGGCAUGGUAUACUCUCUAAUCUCAACGUAGAUGCAUAGAAAAUUGAAAGAUACCGUUCAUCAUAGCCUCGUCUCGUCCACACACAUAUUGAAAUCACAAAAAAAUCAUCCUAGCCGUUUCAAUGAUUUGUGUGUAAAUUCACAAACACACCUGUCUAUGUCAUUUUCCCUUUAAUUUAAUAUUAUAAUUUCAUUUAUUAUUAAUAUAGCAAACAUAUAAUUAAUAUUUGUUUCAAGAUCUAAAAUAAUAAAAGAGAGAUAUUUAAUUUAAGACAA